UUAUUACACAUUUACACCCGCUGAAAUAACGAAUAAAAAAACAAAAAGAGUGAAAAAGACAACCCUAUCACUAGAUCUAAUCUUGAAUCCGAAACACCGAGAAAAUCUUCAGACAGCUGAAACUGAAGAAUCAUUGGAAGCUGAAAAUUCUCGAAAAGACAAACCCACAUACAUAGGAGUGGUUUGAAUAUUGGAAUGGGAGCAGGAUUUAUGUAGGAUACAGGUUUUUGAGAAAGUUGAGGUUGGUUUGAUAGUGAGACAAACAUGGGCGAGAAAUUUUGGGUGAAUGGAGAAAAGGGUAUGGUGGAAUCAGUGUUGGGUGUUGAGGCCUGUGAAUUCUUGAUCACGUCGGCUUCCAAAAACUUAUCGAAUGAUUUGGUUUCGCCACCUGUUAGUUUGGGUGUGCAGCAGGGUCUUGUCCAGCUUGCCGAAGGUUUCAAUUGGAGUUAUGCGAUUUUCUGGCAUGCAUCUGGCUUGAAAACUGGUGGGUCUAUAUUGGUCUGGGGUGAUGGAAUUUGCCGGGACCCGAAGGGCCAGGGGAUUGGAGAUGGAAGCUCUAGUGGGGAUGGCAAAUUGGAGGGAGCUGAGAAGAGAAAAGAGGUGAAGAAGCGUGUGCUUCAAAAACUGCAUAUGUGCUUUAAUGGAACAAACGAUGAUAAUUUUGCAGCCAGUUUGGAUGAGGUUUCAGAUGUGGAGAUGUUUUACUUAACCUCAAUGUAUUUUACAUUUCCGUGUGAUUCAACAUAUGGCCCCGGGGAGGCAUACCAGUCUGGUAGAUCAAUUUGGGCGCUGGGCAUGCCUAGCUGUUUAGGUCAUUAUCAAUUGAGAUCGGUUUUAGCAAGAUCAGCUGGGUUCCAAACAGUGGUGUUUUUGCCUGUUAAAUCUGGAGUUCUGGAGCUUGGUUCGGUCAAAUCAAUUCCUGAGCAGCAUGAUUUUGUGGAGAAGGCAAGAAGCAUCUUUGGGGCUUCUAAUACUGCACAGGCAAAGGCAGCUCCAAAAAUUUUUGGACGUGAACUGAGUUUGGUUAGCUCAAAAUCACGAUCAAUUAGCAUUAACUUUUCCCCCAAGGUUGAAGAUGAACUGAUUUUCACCUCAGAACCUUAUACAAUGCAAGCAAUGAGUACGGAUCAAGAUUAUGGAAGUACUUUUAGUGGGCACCCUAGUGAUAAGAAUGAAGCAAAACUGUUUCCGCAUCUGAACCAAACCAUUGUGGGUUUCAAUGCUGACACAUUGGUGGGUGGUUUGGAGCAGCCGAAGGAUGACUUGUCUCCUCAGGGUGAUGAGAGGAAACCUAGGAAGAGAGGAAGAAAGCCUGCCAAUGGAAGAGAAGAGCCACUGAAUCAUGUGGAAGCAGAGCGACAGAGGAGAGAAAAGCUCAAUCAGAGAUUUUAUGCAUUAAGAGCUGUGGUUCCCAAUAUCUCUAAAAUGGACAAGGCCUCUCUGCUUGGAGAUGCCAUUACCUUUAUCACUGAUCUCCAGAAGAAGAUCAGGGUUUUAGAAACUGAAAGGGGGAUGGUAAACAAUAAUCAAAAGCAGUUGCCAGUGCCAGAGAUUGAUUUUCAGCCUAGACAGGAUGACGCAGUUGUGAGGGCAAGCUGCCCUAUGGAGUCUCACCCCGUUUCUACCAUCAUAGAAACAUUCAGAGAACAUCAAAUCACUGCUCAAGACUGCAACAUGUCCGUGGAGGGUGAUAAGAUUGUUCACACAUUCUCUAUCCGGACGCAAGGUGGUGCUGCUGAUCAGUUGAAGGAGAAACUAGAGGCUGCACUUUCUAAAUGAUCUAUCUGUAUAUUUGUAUUUAUACCAUCAGACAUAGUCCUCGAAAAUUAGAUUUUGUACCGAUGAAUUAGCUUCUAUAGUUAAGUUCGAAGAUAGAGCUAGCAGUCACUGUUCACUUUGUAGCAAGUCCAGGGGCAAACUCUGAAAAUAUCCCUCAGGUAAGCUCCAGCUGGGAAUUUGGACAUGAUUAGAGCAAAACAGCCUGUGCUAUCCCAUUACGUUGGUCCGACUAUUUUCUUUUUUCAAUGUGAUUCUCCUUUGCAUCUUGAGGAUUUCAAAGUAUCGGACCUUACUUUCA